AUUUGACACUUGAACUGAGUGCUGCUGCUCUCCAGCUCAUUCUCUCAUACAAUGACGAGUGAAGAACACAAGAUACUUUGAACAUCACCGCGAUAUUACGAUAUUAUCAUUCAUCCUCCAGCGGGAUUUAAUCGGUUAGAUGAGCGACUGAUGGAUUCAUAGCUGUUGAUUUUCCUGUGCAGUUCUGUGGACGCAAAAUAUAUGCAGAGUCUCAGAGUUUGAUGGCUGGUUGGGUCAGUGAGGGUCCUGCAGGAUGAAUUCUUUCCCGCCAAUAGACAGACACAUCCAGCAAACUAAUGACCGACUGCACUGCAUCAAACAGCAUCUGCAAAAUCCGUCAAAUUUCCAGACUGCGGCGUCAGAGCUGUUGGACUGGUGCGGUGAUCCACGAGCGUUCCAGCGGUCCUUUGAGCAAAGUCUGAUGGGAUGCCUAACGGUGGUGAGUCGAGUGGCGGGGCAGCAGGGCUAUGACAUGGAACUGGGGUAUCGAUUACUGGCCGUCUGUGCUGCAAACAGGGACAAAUUUACCCCCAAAUCAGCAGCUCUGUUGUCCUCAUGGUGUGAGGAUCUGGGUCGACUUUUACUGCUGCGCCACCAGAAGAACAGACCGACUAAUCCGUCGGUGAUGAAGAACCAGAUGCAACCAAACAUCAGCAACAUCAAACCGCUUUCACACGGGUGGGAGAGAGCAGUGUGUAUUGUAGAUGCAAUGGCAUCAUCAGUGGAGCGGUUGUUACGUGAUGCACCGUUUCAAUAUGACUCUGUCUCCUGGCAACAAAACACCAAUCAACCAUCUGGUUCUGUCUCUGUGGUAACCACUGUAUGGGGUGUGACCAAUACAUCACAGACACAAGUGUUGGGGAACUCCAUGGUCAACACAAACAGCCAUAUGAAUGCAAUGGCAGGGGGUAAUGGGGGUAUGAACCCGGGGCAGUUUGCUGGGCAGCAGUUUUCCUCUAAGGGUAACCCUAGUCAAGCAUACAUGCAACAGGGCAUGUACGGGCGACGCAGCUACCCCAGCGGAGGAGGAUUUGGGGGCAGUUAUGGGGGCGGUCCUAACUCCACAGGUGGGAUGGGCAUGUCUUCAGAGACACGCCCCCAUUCUGACUUCAGCCAACCAGCUGCUGCUGCUGCUGCUGCUGCUGUGGCUGCUGCUGCUGCUACGGCAACAGCCACUGCCACGGCAACUGUUGCCGCCUUGCAGGAGACGCAACACAAGGACAUGAAUCAGUAUGGCCCGAUGUGUUCGUCUUUUCAGAUGGGACCAACCCAGACGUACAGCACUCAGUUUAUGAAUCAGCCCGGCCCCCGGGGGCCCCCUGCCAUGCCUGGGGCCAUGAACGCAGGGGGCAUGAACAUGGGGCAGCCUCGAGGGCAGAUGGCACAGAUGGGGCAGUACGGGGGUCAUCCUCAGAGGAUGCCACAGCAGUGUUACGGUCCCGGGCCACGACCCAUGCAGGGGGUGAAGAGACCAUAUCCGGGAGAGGGGAACUAUGGGGGGCAGCAGUAUGGACCAAAUGGGCAGUUUUCCUCUCAACAGGGGCAAUACCCUAAUUCUACCCCCACCAGAGCCCUGUCUUCACCCCAUUACCCCGCUCAGAGAAUGCCAGGACAGCCCGGGACUCCAGAACUAUACCCGUCCAGUGGCGCGGGACAGUUCUACAAGGAGCCCAGUAAUAACUGUAACACAGUGAACCCUCAUUAUAACCAGCCCAACAUGAGCGGGCCUCCGCGGUCGAUGGGCGAUUACCCCCACUCUCCCUUGCCGGGCAAUCAAACGCCCCCUGUGACUCCAGGAAGGAAUAUACCUCCGUAUAUGUCACCAAACCAGGAUGUGAAGCCGCAGUUUCCUCCUGAUAUUAAACCCAACAUCAAUGCGCUGCCUCCACCUCCAGGUAACUCUAACGAGGAGUUGCGCCUGACGUUCCCUGUUCGGGAUGGUGCGGUUCUGGAACCGUUCAGACUUGAGCACAAUCUGGCUGUCAGUAAUCAUGUCUUCCACUUGAGACCCACCGUAUACCAGACACUCAUGUGGAGGUCUGAUCUGGAGCUGCAGUUUAAGUGUUAUCAUCAUGAGGACAGACAGAUGUACACUAACUGGCCGGCGUCGGUGCAGGUCAGCGUCAAUGCUACACCUCUAACCAUCGAACGCGGUGAAAAGACUUCACAUAAACCCCUGCAUCUUAAACACGUGUGUCAACCCGGACGCAACACCAUCCAGAUUACCGUGACGGCAUGCUGUUGUUCGCACCUGUUUGUUCUUCAGCUGGUUCACCGGCCGUCGGUUCGAUCCGUCCUGCAGGGUUUACUGAAGAAGAGACUCCUCACAGCAGAACACUGUGUCAACAAAGUAAAGAGGAACUUCAGCAGUGUGGCGGUCUCGGUGGGCGGGGCCUGUCUGAGCGGCGAGGAUGGGGUGGAGCAAACGGCCAUCAGAGUGUCUUUAAAAUGUCCAAUCACGUUCCGGCGCAUUCAACUGCCGGCGAGAGGCCACGACUGCAGACAUGUUCAGUGUUUUGACCUGGAAUCAUAUUUAGAGCUGAACUGUGAGCGAGGAACAUGGAGAUGUCCAGUGUGCAAUAAAACAGCUCUGUUAGAAGGUUUGGAGGUGGACCAGUACAUGUGGGGAAUCCUGAAUGCUCUACAAACUUCAGAGUUUGAGGAGGUGACGAUCGACCCGUCCUGCAGCUGGAGACCCGUGCCGGUAAAACCUGAGCUGCACAUAAAGGAGGAUCCAGACUGGCCGACGUCCAAGCGCUUCAGAACCACCAGUCCCAGUCAGAUGAUUCUGCCCAAUGUCUUGGACAUGAUUGCUCAGCUGGGACCUGGAGCCUCUCCGUACCGCAACCAGAACCCAAACCAUCAGAACAACAGCACAGGCAACAGUUACCCAAGCCACAGUAACUUUGGUGACUAUCCCCAUGGCAACCCUGCAGCAUCAUCAGUAAAUGAGUUCAUGCAGGGUAACCCGCUCUCCCACCCACCGACAGACCUGCCCACCUCUGAGAGCAUGCUGGCACACACGCUACAUAACAUGAUGCCUCAUCCAGUCAACCCAGAUCAAUGCCACAAUCCCCUGCAGCAUCACAGCGGCCCGCCCCUCCCCUGCAGACCGCCGCCUAGCCGGCAGGACUCUGCCCCCAGCGGCCACAUGCACCCAGAAAUGACCUUUAACCCCUCGGCCAGCCUGGAGUGUAGCUCGGACAUUCCCGAGGCCUCUUUAGAUCUGCUGCCUGACCUGAUGAAUCCAGAUGAUCUUCUGUCGUAUCUUGAUCCUCCAGAUCUUCCCAGCAGCGCCAACGACGAUCUGCUGUCUCUCUUUGAGAAUAACUGAGAAAGGCUGUUGACCCUGAGGUCAAACUGUCCAUUAGCAGCUCCUUUAUACUUGACAAAGACAAAUGCACUUACCAUUAUCUUCUUCCUGUACAGACGAGAGAUUUCUAAACCAGCGUGGGGAGACGCCGUCCAGGCCGCACUGCUCAAAUGAACUUCUGCAGCAAAAUUAUGUCUGUUUUUGUUUUUUUACCACAAAUUGUUUAAAACUAGUAAAUGUGUGGUUGCGUGUGUGGAUUUUGUUCUGAAACACAGACAAACAAACGUCCGCUAUGAUACUUCGUGCAACUCCAUGUUAUUGUUUCAGCUGAAGUCUCAGUUUUGGGUUGUUUAUAUUUUGUUGUUGUUGUUUUUUUUCCACUAAAACCUGCAGUACAGUUUUGUCCUUAAAGGGACAGUUCACCCAAAAAUGAAAAUUCUCUCAUCAUUUACUCACCCUCAUGGCAUCAUAGAUGUGUAUGACUUUAUUUCUUCUGCAGAACUCAAAUGAAGAAUUUUAGUCCUUACAAUGCAAGUGAAUGGUGGCCAGAACUUUGAAGCUCCAAAAAGCACAUAAAGACAGCAUAUCAUAUCCAUAACUCCAGUGGUUUAAUCCAUGUCUUCUGAAGCGAUAUGAUAGGUGUGGGUGAGAAACAGUCCUUUUUGACUAUAAACCUUCACUUUUACUUUCACAUUCUGAAAGUGAAAGUGAAAAUAGAGAUUUAUAGUAAAAAAAAGGAUUGAAAUAUUGAUUAAUGUUGUGAUGGGAGCAUUUGAAACUCUGCCUCAUGAAGACCUUUACAGAUCUUUUGUUGUGAAUCAGUGUUUCAGAGUGUGUAUCAAACUGGCAAAGUCGCGUGAUUUCAGAAAACGAGGCUUCGUUUUGUCAUAUGGUUUCAAAACGAUCCGAAAUGUUUCGCGAUUUGAUGCUAGGGAGUGUGGACCCCACAGUGAACUCCUGAAUCUGUUUCAAAUAUAUGGUUGAAACUGAUCUUAAGUCAGUUUAGCAAUAACUUCAAAUUCAAAUAGCUGGUUUGAAUUUAACCCUUUAAGCUCGGUUGGGCUCGCUGAGAAAAAUAAAUUGUCAAUAUAUUAAUAACUACAGUCUUGGCCAACACAAAAUAGGUAUCGAUUGAAUGCUUAGAAGCUCUACUUACCAGUGCAUGUAUGCAUUAUGACCAAAACUGAACAAGUGCUUUGAAAUUUGCAGACAAAUCAGAAGUGUUUCGUUUUUAUAAUUUAUUUUAAAAAAUUGCACUGUAAAUAUAUUAUUGUAAUCGGUAAAAAAUUCAAACUGAUCAAAUAGCCAUGUGUCAUAUGUUGUUGGAAAGCUUUCAAAGAGUAGAAUACAACCAACCUGUUUGUUUUACUCACAGAUAAAAAUAUAGUGAGUAAUAGCUAAGUAUAUGUCUUUGACAAUUAUGUUGGUGUUGCUUCUAUGCCGCAUUUUCAUUUAUAACUUCACAAAACAUAAACGGAACAUAAAAUAUAACAUAUCAUUAUUUAGAGGAGGCGAUUAUCUUUCAAAUGAGCCCACACACAAGGUAAUCAGAUGUAUAGAUCAUUAGAUAAUCCACAUGAAGCACAAUGUUACAUAUGGCCACCAGGAGAUGGCGCCAAAUACACGACACAGACUCAAUGAUGACUCAAAUGACACAGAAUGAAACUCAUUCUGUGAAAUCUCAUUACUAAAAUCAUGUCUGCAUGCUAUGCAAAUCUUUAGUCAUUGUUGUGUUUGCAUGUGUAAUUACUACUUAUGUACAGUUAUUAUGUUUUAUUUGUUUGGAGACAUUUUUGGACACUAUGAUAAAUAAUUUUUGUAAUGCUGUAACUUUUGAUUGCUUUGUCGUAUCAACACAACAUUUUUCUCAGUUACAGUUAACAUGAUUGGGAACAAAACAAAAGCAGUUUUUCAGAGCUACCUUAUUUACACCCAGAGAUAUAUAAUGUAAUGUAAAAUCAGAAAGAAAGAUUUUUCAGCAGUUUCUUAGGCUGAGUGUCUCAGAAUGUGUCAUAAUCUAUAUCAUUAAAACAAUUUGAAAAGUUUUCUGUACAAUGAGACCAAACACCUUUAAUUUUGGGUAUGCCACUGAAACAGGAAAUCUUUAAAAACACCUUCAGAGCUUAAAGGGUUCAUUUGAUAGUUAUGCCUUUCAUUAUGUUCUCAAAAAUGAAAAUAUAUGCAUUAAAAAAAUGUAUGUAGCAUUGUCAUAGUUACCACUUUUCUGUCUUCCGAUUGCAUUUAUGCAUCUGUGACCAGCAGAUGUCCUCAGCGUGCGGUGUUUCGAGCGCUCCAAAACAGUGAACCAUUUUGCGAAGCAAGCGGAUCAAUUGAUUCGAAGUUUUGGAAAACUUUGUUUCUCCCAUCACUACUUUUAUGAUACAUUUAUGGUGUUUUUUUGUUUGCUUUUUUGUCCUUUUUGGAGCUUGACAGACACCUCAAUGAAUUGAUGUUGUAUGGAAAAUAGUACCAUAAGCGCUACAAUUUGGAAUACAUGAGGGUGAAGAAAUAAUGUCAGAAGUUUCAUUUUUCUUAACCUAUAUGUUCUCAAACUGUUUGUCAAAACGUUGCAGGCUUUCGUCUUACGUCUAGUACACUACAUCUGAUGCAGUUGUGUUUUUUGAUCUCAUGUAAAUGUAUCUGUGAAUAAUUUUGCACGGUUCCACGUUAUGAUUUUUCAUCCAUUUUUCUUCACCACUGUAUGUCCAUGAAUAUUCAUUAUGUGUGAGAGAGAGCAUGAAAGAGACCAUCUGUUCGGAAUGCAAUCAUAGCAUACUGCGUACUGAACACUGCACAGUGUAUACUGUAUAUUGCACACUGUUUUUUGUUUUUUAUAUGUGAAACAGUAUGUACAGAGAAACUUUUGAAACAGUAGUGUGCUACUGUUGUCCAUUUGUCACCUUGGAAAUAAAUAUGGCUAUUCACAUUAUUAUUUCUGUGUAAAUGUGCAUAGUAUACAUACUUGAUACAACAAAAAAAUGAGUAGUAUGGUAGUAUGCUGUUCCGAACAUAGUCUCUGUGUGUACAUCUUCAUGUGUGUGUCACUAUGCUUUCACAUACAGACUGAGCAAUACAUUUGGUUGAGCACUCCAAAUAUACAUUUCAUCUCAGAAAACCAAUAAUGUAUAGAGCUAUCAAAGGAUUUAUGUUAAUAUGAGAGUUACUGUCAAUUUGUACACGUAAAUAUAGCAUUGUGUGAAAUAAAUCUUUAAGGGAGCUUUUGUAUAAGCUUUAAUUGGU